GUGGCCAGCGGCGCGUGGCGGAGCGUGGGCGGCCGGCGAAACUCCAAGGGCUGACCGCGUAGGGGAGCGAUCCACCCCAGGCUGCAGGAGCCAGAGACCGCAGCGGCUGCGGCUGCUGCACGAAGAGCCCAGGGGACACUGCCCCUGCCUGCACUCUGCCUUGGGCCAUCGCUACUCCCCAGGGGUCCGUGCGGACUCACCUCUGUAAAGUGUCACGAUGUCUUAUGUCUGAUCAGAAGGCAGUAAUCAAGAACGCAGACAUGUCUGAGGACAUGCAACAGUAUGCUGUUGGCCGCGCCACGCAGGCCAGGCCGAAGUACAACUUAGAGAAGGCCAUUGCUGCCUAUAUCAAUAAGGAAUUUGACAAGAAAUAUAACCCUACCUGGCAUUGUUUCGUGGGCCGAAAAUUUGGCAGCUAUGUCACACACGAGACAAAGCGCUUCAUCUAUUUUUAUUUGGGUCAAGUUGCAAUCCUCCUCUUCCAAGUCAGGCUAGUUGGCCGUGGUGAAGGUGUCAGUGGCUGUGGCAGCGAUGGCAAGCAGGCGGUGUUGCUGGGACUGUUUUGCACUGGGGCCAGCAUCAGGAUAUCCUCUCUAAUGGCUGUUCUACCCUACUGCAUGGACUGUAUACUCUAUUUCUUGUGUACGUCGCAGUAAACAAAACCAAACCUCUUUCUGUUUUGUUGCCUGGGGAAGGCUGCGUUAUGCUUAUUUUUCAAGAUUUUAAAAAUAUUUUUUUUCGGUUGUAUUGCACUAGGAAAUCUCUCUCACCUCAUUUUCUCUCUUUCCCUAUACAAAAUAAAAAGCCCUCCACAAAGACUAGGUGGCCGAAAGACUAGGAGGGCUGGUGAAACUAUAACUGUGCAGCUGCCUUUUCCUGGCGGCGGUUGCUGCUUUGGGAGGGCCAGGGAGGCUGCAGGGGGACAGUAUUGGUAUUGUCAAGGAGAAAGGGAUAGGAAGGAAAGUGGAGGGAUUGAUCUAGUACCAGGGAGAAUAUUCCACUGAACUGUGAUUCUAUGGCUUGGGGCAGAGGGUGGGGUGGAGAUGCAGUCUUUAGGGGGCCCUGAGAGGUGUUUGUGGUGUGUGGGAGCGGGGAGCAAACUUGUCAUGCUGUCUGUGUCAGAAUUUCUAAGUAAUGGCUGUGUCUUAGUGCAUGAUCUUUUGUUCCUCCUGCAAGAGAUCAUAAUAGGAGGAUGUUGGUGGCAGGAUUCACUUUUUUUUUUUUUCCUUUACAUUCUUCUGUCUGCUCCCUGCUUAGCCCUCAGUUUUCUCAUUCCUCUGCAGUUCUCUUAGAGCAGCCCCUGUUGUUAGUUGGCUGGUAAGGGAAUUUAAGGUGACUGUAGUUCCUUAGUUAAGUCUUAGCAAUCAAACCAAAUCAAUGUCUCCCUUGAGCCUCCUGUGUAUAUGUGUGUGUUUGGAGUGGAGAGGGGUGAGGGGAGGGAGUGGGGAGGACCAUUUGGAAUCUCUAAGGUGUAUGGGUAGGUAGGGGGCAAAUUAGUUCUAAGUGGGCUUUUAUGUUAAAAGCCUCUGGGGAUAUCUGUUUUAGAAGUAAAGAUAGGUGUCAUUGCUGUCAUUUAGCCCAGACACUCUUGCUUGCUCUCUGGCUAUCUUCUCCCUGGGAAGGCUUUAGGAGGACCACCCAGGACAGGAUGACCAUGCUACCAUCUGCUUUGGAGCUGGGCCUCAGGGCAGAGGGACAGUGACUGUGGAUGUUUGCAGUCUCUGGUGGGAGGUGAGGAUGGAUGUGAUAAAGAGCUGAGAGGAGCUUCUGGGGAACCUUGGAAAAGGUCAGUCUUGCAGUGAUGAAGCCAGGUAGCAGAAGAUGGAACAAGGCCAUGAGGGCAUGAGGGAAGGAGAUUUCAAGGAGGAUGAGGGGAAAUCUUGUCUCUUAAUGAAAUAGGAGUGGGGUGGGGUUUAGGGUUGGGUGGUCAUUGCUAUUUGAGUUGCUGAUUCUUAUGAAUGGCCUUCAAAACUCUCACGUGUAGGGUUGACAGUGUAAGGGGUGGGGGGACCCAGCUUAUUUUAUUUUCAAGUCCAUUCUUGGGGCUGGUGGAGAGGCAGGAGAAUGCCCCUCCCUAAUCCCUUAGUGUGUGCAGAGCUUGCUUUUUGAUGGUGGUAGGGGAGGAGGGACCUGGGUGGCGACUGAGGUCCCUAUAUCAAACCCUUCAAUAGGCACAGAAUUGAGUGCUUGAUUUUAGGUUUUAUAUUUUUACGAAUGUCCAAAUCUGUUUCCCCCUGACCUCCCAGAUUUCGUGGCCAGUUGAAAGUGUCUGGUUUGUGUUCAUCUCUCCCUCAUUUCUGGAGCAGGGCCUGAGAUGCUGCCAUAUCUCCUAUGCUCUGCAUCCACGCCUCUUUUGGACUUUAAUUGAUCCAAAAAAAUAAUAAUACAUCAUAAUGAGGUAUCAUUUUACCUUAGAAUAAGAAUUAUUAAAAAAACCAAAAAAUUACAUUUGCUGGUAAGGAUAUAUAGAAAAGGGAACUCAAACUGUUCAUGGAAAUGUAAAUUGGUUCAGCCACUAUGGAAAACAAUACAGAAGAAAACUAAAAAUAGAACUACCAAAAAGUAAAACAAAAACAAAAACAAUACAAAACAAAAAAAGAUACAAAAAAAGAAAAAAAAAAAAGAACUACCAUACCACCUAGCAAUUUUUCUACUGGGCACUUAUCCAAAGGAAAUCAGUAGACCAGAAGGAUACAUGCACUUCCAUGUUUCUGACAGCUGUACUGAUAACAGCAAAGAUAAUCAACCUACAUGUCUAUCAACAGAUAAACAAAGGAAAUGUGAUAUACAUACACAAUGGAGGACUAUUCGGCCAUAAAAAAGAAUGAAAUCAUGCUAUUUGUGGCAACAUGGAUGGAACUGGAGGACAUUAAGUUAAAUAAGCCAGGCACAGACCCAUAUUACUUGUUCUCACUUAUAUGUGGGAGCUGAGAAAGUUGAUUUCAUGGAAGUGGAGUAGAGUGAUAGCUAUCAGAGGAUAGGUAGGGCAUAUGAGUGGGAGUGGCUAUGAAGAGAGGUUGGUUAAUGGGUAUAAACAUACAGUUAGAUAGAAUAAGUUCUAAUGUUUGAUACAAAGUAGCAUGACUAUAGCUAAUAGUUAACAACAAUGUAUUAUAUAUUUCAAAAUAACUAGAAGAAAGGACUUGGAAUAUUCCUAAUAUAUAGAAAUAAAUAUUCAAGGUGAUGGAUACCCCAACUACUCUAAACUGAUCAUCACACAUUCUAUGCAUGUAACAAUAUCACAUGUGCCCCAUACAUAUGUACAAAUACUGCAUAUUAAUUAAAAUUUGAAAAGCAUGACCAAGGUAUGUGCUGUUAAUGAGAAACCCAUUUUAAAUAUUAAGGUAGGUUAAAAGUGAAAAAAUGAGGGGUAAAAACAACAGUGCAUGCAAACACUGGCAAACUCCAAACAAGCUCCAUCAAUAGUUUAGUAAUAGUAUUGUAGCACUGUCAACUUCAAGGUUUCAGUAAUAAGGUUAUUUAAAACGCUAUAUUUGGGGGAAGCUGGGUGAGAGUAUACAGAACUCUUCUCAUGUCUUUACCAGUAUCUAGAAAACUAUAACAGACUAUCCUGUUAGAUUGUAAAUAGGGUAAAAUCUAAUAGCAGACCUAGCAGUUUCGCUGAUAAAGAAAUGAUGCUGAUAGACAUGGCUUUCUGGAUUAGGAAGGACAAGUCUCUUCAGGCCAGUUCAAGAAAAUAAGACUCCCAAGAUCCAGUAAUGAACACUAUUGCCCAAUUGUCAGGAGACCCUACUUCUUCCCGUUUAGAGCUGCUAGAAGCAGGACUGAAAUAAGUCACCCAAAUUGUAGCUUAAUUGUUGCCCAUUCUCUUCCAGGCAGAAAGAAGAAAUGUUAUCAUGACAUUGGAGCAGCAAGUCCCACGGCCCCAGCUAAAAGGCAGUAUGGCUGUGGCUGCUGAGGUGGAGAGUCCUCAAAGGAUUCCAUAGAAACCUUUUUCAAAGGGUCACCAUAAGAUUAUUAAAACUAAUGUCCUGUUAAUAAUCCUCAUUUUUUCUCUCACUAUAUAGCAGUCAACACAGACAGAAAUUACAUUUAUGGUAAUUGUCUAUCAUGUGCUUUCAUACACACAAAAAUACAUAUAUAAGCUCAUAUGACCUAAUUUAAAAAACCAUUUGAAAUAGAUGAUAUUAAUCCUAUCUUACAGGUGAGGAAACAAGCUAAGAGUAGCUUGCCUGAGAUCAAAAACAAUCAUAAGUGCUCAUCCCACUAAUGGCUGGUCCUACAACUGUCUUCUACUAGUUCCUUUUAUAGUUCUGUUUCUAUUAUUUAACAAAACUAAAAAACAAGAUUAUUCUUUUUCCUCAGUGGAUUCUGGCUUUAAUACAGUGAACUUGAAUGAAACAAAGUGAAAAUAAUUAGUAUGAGACCUGGCAUAUCAUAAGGCCAAGUACUCACAUUACUGACUUUCUAGAAGCAUAUAAAAAUAGACUAAUCCAAGAGUUUAAAAGUAUAUCUGCUCAACUCAUUAAAAUUAGUAGUGAUCUACAGUUACACUAACUUAGAGGAAAACAACAAAGCAACUAUCGUUUUGUAGCAAUUGGCAGACUUUAAUAUUCAAGAAAAAUUAAUUUCAUCAUACACAUUAAAAAUAUAGGAAAUUUCAUGCAGACAUGAAGCUUCCAAUUCAGCUUUUGUGGCAACUUUCAGAAUGAGAGUUACAUAUAAAUACAGUACAUUUACAAUUAUGUACCAAACUUCAUAAUUUUAUACUGUGAAUUAUACAUCUUUUCCUUAUAUUGUACAUAUUCCACCUUGCUCACUUGAUUAGCAUACCCUCUAUCUGCACUGCUUCAGAAUAUGGAAAUUAAAGGGAAAAAAAGCAAGCACAAUGAACUAACUCCUCCCAUUUCAUGAAGUAAAUGAAAAUGUUUGUGUAUACAGCUAAUUUAAGAAAAACAUUUUAAACUUUAAGGCUUAUAUACUUUAGUAGCUAGGACUAAAAUUAAGAAAUACAAAAUUAAAUAAGUCCUCCAGUGAUACUUCUAUUAUUGAUUGAUACCACAUUUUCAAGUUUAGAAUAUAUUAACUGUAAAAGCUGUAAGGAAAAAAAGUGACACAAAUUUGUGUAGAACACUUAAAAAACAAUAUUCAUGAUAUGAGGGAUAAAUUAGCAAAUGAAGUAACUGAUUUCAGAAUUAACUAAAACAUAUGCUGUAAUAAAGAAAUGUAACAUUAUUAAAGAAAAUGUAAUAGCAAAAAAAAAAAAAAUUAAUUAAUACAGCCAACCCACCAGUGUCAAUCUGUUUUUGCCUGUGACAAAAACAAAGAUCAUUUGUUUCAAUACAAGUUGUAAAAAAGUGAAUACUAGUUUGUGAAUAAAAAGCAUGUCUACACCAUUCAAAAACAGCAUGCAUUCCUUCCUGGUAAAUUGAUUUUUAAAAAAUAUUUAUGUACCUUGUAAGUUUUUUUCUUUAAAAACAAUAAUUUUAGUUUUUUUUCUUCCUUGCCACUAAAUUGAAACUCAUUAAUGUAAGUAAUAAGAAUUUCACCAAAUGAACAAUCUGCUAAGUACUGAGGGACACAAAAAAGAGAAAAAAUUUUCUUUAAAAAAA